CACGCGGCAUGAUUCCCUCCCUCGCAUUGCAGGCAUGUCCUGCCCUCCACCAGCAGCAUCUUCUGUAAUUCCCGGCGCCUUCAAUGACAGCGACGACAGCAGCAGCAGCAACACCACAGAUUACGGCUCCGAUUUCUCCCCAGAAGAAGACGCGCUGCUGACCGACCUGCUCGCCAAGAUCGCCCCGGAUCGCCACGCGACUCCCCCAGCAGAAGAAGCAAACGCAGAUCCACCUCCUUCUCAGGUCCCACCUGUCAUUCGAGACAUCGAAGACCAGUAUGCGGAUCCCUCAAGCAGCCGGGUACCUAAGGUCCUUGGGCGCGAGAAGCCUACAUGGCCGCAGCGGAAUUGGACGAAUCGGCCGGGUGGCGGCGGCGGCAGUGCUGGCGCAAGAUCAGCGGCGAUUCCAGGCUACUACGGUCAUGCCGCGUCUGUUGAGCAUCCGAAUUCGACAGAAGGGCGCGAAAGAGAUCGUGAACGCGAGGCAGCUCGUCAUCAGGAACGGAUAGAGAGGGAGAAUAACAAUAACAGCAACAGCAGCAACAGCAACAAUAAUGAAAGUGCCGAGGUGGAUACAAGGUCACCUGUGGAACGAUUCCGACGGCCUCCGAUGAAAGCCUUUUCAGUCACGGAUCUGAUCUCGCCGGCGUGGUGUGAGCUACAGUAUUGGUAUACGCUGACCAAGUUUGGGCGCAAGCCGAGGACAGCGGCGAUGAAGCUGGGAAGUAAAAUCCAUAAGACGCUUGAGGAUGAAAUCUACACCACGGUUCCCGUGGAUAUCACUACUAAGGAGGAUGCGCUGGCCUUGCGGAUUUGGAAUAUCAUCCAGGGUUUGCGCAUGCUGCGGGAGUUUGGGAUUACUCGGGAGUUGGAGGUCUGGGGAUUGGUGGAUGGUGAGCUGGUCACCGGCGUGAUUGACCAGCUUUCUUAUGACUGUCCUGACCCGGAGCUGGAGGCCACCGCUGCGACGUAUUAUGCUGAUGUUGAGGCGUCGAGGGCUAUCUUGCCUGAGUAUCAGAUGUCGUUGUCGGAUUACCUGCUCUCUCCGACUGGGGGUGGGAGGCUUCUGUCGGAGGUGUAUGGGCAGGAUGAUACACCCGCAAAGGCAGAUGGUUUGGAUAUGGACAUGGCCAACAGCAGCCAGGAAACCGAUAACUUCCCCCACCAGCCACGGAUCUACCUUACCGACGUCAAAACACGCGGCAGCGGCUCCGUCCCAACCGUCAAGAGCUCCUCAUUCCGACCUACUCUCCUCCAACUCCAACUCUACUACCACAUGCUCAACCGCCUCGUCCUCAGCGACGACGUAACCAUCGACCUCCUCGCCUCGCGGUACAACCUGGACCCCAACCGCCCUUUCACCGACGCCUUCAUCAACGAAGUCGGUGGUCUGAACGACCAAUUCUUCGACGCCAUGUCAUCCCAAGAAUUCGACCCCGACUAUAUCCCCACUCCACAAGACGCCAUCGAGCAUCCCCAGCGUCACCACCCCUCUUCUCAAUCCCAACCCGAAUCACAUCCUUCCUCCCAAUCCUCCAGCGAAGACUCCACCGCCAUCCUCUCCACCCACAACACCCUCACCACCCUCUGGACCCUCAUGAAAUCCCACCUCCGGCUCACCUUCCUCCCCUCCCCCCCAACAGCAUCCCCCUCCAUCCCCUCCGGAUUCCAACCCCGCAGUCUAGACCCCUAUCCCACCAUUCUCUCUCCACUACUUACAGCGCGAUAUAUCUCGUCGAAGCCGAGUGCGGACCUCCAACCGCCCCGGGUGCUCGGGAGUAGGUCGUUCCUGUUCGAUCCGACGUCCAUGUCGUCGUAUGUGGCGGAUCAGAUGCAUUGGUGGCGCGGGGAGAGGGAUCCGCGCGGUGUGGAGGUUAUGGAGGCGUGGAAGUGUCGGAUCUGUGAUUUUAGGGAUGAUUGUGAGUGGAGGAAGGAGAGGGAGUGGUUAUUUGCGAAUAGGAGAAUGGGGAGGAAGAGUAAGGUUGAGGGAGGUGUUGAGGUUGGUGUUUGAUUAGUAUAUACUACUACUACUAGAUGUGUGCGUGAUUUUUAGGGGUGUUGGUUGGUUGGUUGGCGUUAUGGAUAGGGGAAUAGACUACUUCCAUAUAAAUACAGAAUAUAACAGUCUCAGAGACAAUGCUGAUGAAGAUUGAAUGAAUG